ACAACCCCUCGAGACAACGAAGUCGCCAUUAUCCAGCAUCAUCCAGAGAACAUCCCAUACCGAAACUUAGUCGAGUCAUCAUGCCUUCGGCCGUCGCUGAGCUGUAAACGCCCACUGCGGGCCAUGGCUGUUUUCCCCCGUGGUCCGCAGUCCAGCAGUUCACCGAGUUACCAGUCAAUUUCCUCGCUCGACUUAGUUUUCCACAGCCUCUUCCGCUCUUGAGCUGAAGCUCAACCGAGAGUCUGUCUCUGAAACCAACGAUUCUGCGAUUUGCCCGAUUGUCAAGGGCUUUGUUAUACACCAACCUCCACCACCUACCUCGACUCCUCCAUCUGUCCUCGUACCACUUCUCUUUACCCUCGAUAGCAUUCACCCGAGUAUCGACACGUCACUACCAGAAAGGAUACAACAUUUCCCACCAAUUUCUACACGCCACUGGAUUCUGAGUCUACAUCAAUUUCUGGUUCUUGGACCAUAUCGAAUUGGAUCUUGCAUACCAAGAAAACUCAGCGACAAUCACAAAGUCGCCACACAAUAGAUUCCAGACCAACCACCGAUUGUUUGUCUACUACAUAUACACAGAAACCAUGUCUCGCAGCUUGAAGCGCAAGUUUGCCGCCCCUGUCAAGGUCAAGAAGACCAAGACCGUCAACCGUCGGCGCCGGGUUUCCGACACCCCUUCUACCUCCUCAUUGGACCUGUCUGAUGAAGGUGGCUACUCUGCCGUCGAGGACAUUAGCGACUCCGAGGACGACGAUGAGGAUGAUGUCGCUGCGGCCGAGGAGGAGAACAUUAUGGAGGAAGCUAGCGUUCCAACCCCACAGCCAGCUCCUCGGCCGCGAACCCUCAUUGAAGAAGAGGACGACGAUGAUGAUGACGAUGACGAAGAUGACGACGACGAGCAGGGAGGCGCAGAUGUCGAUGAUGAUGAGGGCAGCUGGGGCGGUAUCCCCUCAGAGAAUGAGCAAGAUCUGCCAGAGUUCUACCAAGAAGCCGACUUCUUCGGCGCAGACACCCCUGUAGAACGUCAUGUUCACUUUGACAUGUCUCCCAGCGAGUCUGAUUCUACUGACACUGAGGAUGAUCAUGCCGACAUGUUUCCCGACAUUUUUGUUGACCAAAACACUCUCGACCCUGGAUUCCGUCGAGAGAUAGAAAACGACCCCGACGAGUCGUCAGGCUCAGGGUCGUUCUGGGACUACACUUACCAGUAUGGUGACCAGGAGGACUCGGACGCUGAAGAGAUCGUCCGUCAAUUGGAUGGGGAUGAGACCCCUACUGCUACACCCAGGGGACCCCUUGCCCUUUCUGCUCCCACGUCUCCUACUCCCACCUUUGAAGAGCCCCAAGAGCUGGACGGCUAUGAGACUGAUGGUGACACUACCGAAGAGGAUGAGCCAGAGCCACCUGUUCGCAGAAAGACACGGCGUCCUUCCAAUCCCCAGAGUGACAUGUCGGACUCGGAUACCGACAGCCCAGUAAAGGCCGAACGUGGUCAGCCCCGUGUGGGCCGCUACAACCUUGAUCGCUCCGACAAGAAGCCCAUUGCGGUUUUGAACCCCUUGACCAAGAAGAUGAUGAUCUUUACCCCCCACCGCCGGCGACACCUUGACCUCUCGCCGGAGCAGUUCAACUUGGGGUGGCCCUUUGAGGAUCAGACAUCCCCCAUUAUGAGCAACUCGGCCAAUCUGAUGCUCAGUGCCAUGUUCUCAGCCGACACCUUUGGCGACUUUGUUAAUGACAGCCAAGUCAUGGGGCCUGCCGAGGCCUUCUUCCCCUUUCCUUCAGAUGCCAACACGGCUGAUGAGAGCUCGACUGCGCCUAGUUUGCCUGACGAGGAUGGCGAGGCGAACCUCCAGCUAGAGUUUGAGGACUUUAUCGAUCUUGGAAGCGAUGACUCCAACGAUGAGGACGGAGACAACAACUGGGGCCCAGCCUCAACUCCUGCCCGACCCAGCACUGCUGGAAGCGAGAAGGAGGUUCUCUCGCAUCUCAACUCCGAAACAGUCGGAGCUUUCCGACGGAACCAAAUCAACCAGCAGCUCAUUCUGAGCAACCAAGCCACUCAGGACUCCCUUGCAUUCAGCGGUCCUUACAACGCCACGGCGAUUAAGGGUCUCAAAUCCGACCGCUUCGACACAGCCCGCGUACCCCUUACACCCAUCCGCCGUCAUAAGAAGCAGCUGAGUGAUCUCGCUCGAAGCCCCCUCGAGACUGUGUCUGCGAAGCGCAAGGCAUCAGGCGAGGUUGGCGGCGGCCACAAGAGACAUCGAAGCAUCUCUGACGUGAACCUUCUCCGCAUAUGAUGCAGAGCAAGGUUCCGACAGACACACCCAAAAACGUGCGAGGACGGCAUAGCCCUUGCGGCGCAGCUAUCCCUGGCCUCGACAGCACUUUCUUUUACAACCUUUUCCUUGAUUGAUUCCUUAUCUUCCGUUUCAGCGAAUCGCGCCAGCCUUCGUUCCCAGCGUGCCUGUGUAGAGCCCUUCCCGCAAGGGAUAGGGACGACUUCUUUUUUGGAGAUGAUACCCCAAGCCUCGAUCUUGGCCGGAAAGCCUGGGUCGAUGGUGUCUUUUGGAGGAUCGAUGUCCGCAGUUGGCUGCUCUGUGAGCGCCCUGCAGGAAUGGAAAAGAGUAAUGCCGCUAAUGAUGGUUCAAGAUGGUCAAAAGUUGUGGUCUCUCGUUCACUGGAGUUUUUCUAUGUUUGGGUCUAGAGGAUAGAUAAAAAUCCACGGCCAUGAUUCA